GAUCAUAAAUGCAAAUAAUAGAUAUCGGUUAUCACCGAUAACAAGACUCGAAUUUAUUCAUGGAAGUUUGUUGUGAGUUUUUUGCAUGUUAGUAGUUAAUCUAUAUCAUGGGUGAAAAGAACGAAGGGGAUGCUAUAUCAUUCCACCUCAAAAGGACUCAGCAAUUGCCUCUUGACGAGCAUGGAUUAUCCUCCUUAUCAUUAAAUGACUCAAGAUAUUAUAUGAAUCAUCCCAAAAGAGGAGUCGCUUUAAUAUUCAACCAUAUGAAUUUCAAUUCAAAUUUACCAACACGACAAGGAACAAAUAAAGACAAGGACGACCUUGAGUCACUGUUCACCAAGCUGAAAUUUAGAGUUGAAUCUUACGAUGAUCUAACAAAAGAACAAAUCCGUAACGUUUUGGUAUCAGUUGCAUCAACAGACCACACUGACGAGGAUUGUCUGGUAGUAGUCAUCCUGAGUCAUGGUGAUAACAGAAAAAUUUUUGCAAGAGAUACCCAUUAUUCGCCUGAAUUACUAUGGAUAUCUUUCGACGGAUUUCAUGCACCAAGUCUGAUUGGUAAACCGAAACUUUUUUUCAUUCAGGCUUGUAGAGGUGACAAAGUUGAUGCAGGAGUUCCUGUCAGGCACCAGACUCAAGUAGAUUCUACAAAACGAGAAGAUCGUUAUAUCAGUAUUCCAGUAAUGGCCGAUAUCCUUGUUAUGUACUCCACUGUAGAAGAUUUCCUCUCCUGGAGAAAUCCCAAGAGUGGUAGUUAUUUCAUCCAGUCGCUCGUAAGACAGCUCUCCUUCCAUGCCAAAGAAAAGGAUCUUCUUUCCAUUUUAACAUAUGUUAAUAGAGAAAUUGCCACUGGUUACUCUCCAGAAAUGAAACAAGAGAGGCUCCAAAGCUACGCAAAUAAGCAAAUGAGUUCGGUAGUUAGUAUGUUGACAAAAGAGAUAUAUUUUGUAUGAUGUUUUUUACGAACUAGUUGUAUAUAUGCCAUAGAACUUCUGUUUAUCAACAAUUGUAAAGUGAGUAGUUCAAUGUAGCAAUUCCCAAUGGAAUGUUGUACAGGUAUUAAUUGAAGAUCUUUUAACUUUAUGGAACACGAAAAAAAUUUAAAAAAACGAAUGUAAUAUAUAUUUUUUUAAUACUUGGUGCAAUAAAGAUCAAGUUUCACUUUAAA